UGUUAGGUAAAGAUAGUCAGCUGCUGCGAGUCUUUUUGCCGAGUCUUAUGCCUUUUUCGUGCAUAAUUAUAGCGAACUCCACUUUCGCUGCCUUAGCAUUUAUUGAAUUUAUUUAACAUGCAGUAGAUGAGUUGCCUAAAUGGCCCAGUCAUAAACACAACUGAACAACGAGGAACUGGGUUCAAAUCUCAUGCUAGUGUAUGGGUAGUUUUCGUCUUGGUUUGCAAUUACAUCGUGUUAAGAUACAUAUACGAUCCAACAACAAGUCGAAAUUAUUAAAAGUUAGUAGCGAAAUCCGAAUUCCAACAAUUGAGGGUCUGGUGGCAAAAAUUGAAUCCUCGCACAGUACAAUGAUUCCGUACCAAGAAGAUAACGAAGUCUCUCGACAAUUCUUGGUUGAAUCCGCUAUGUACAAGAAAAUAAGGAAACUGCAAAAAAAUCUACACAAAAUCCUACGCAAUCAAAAUGAAAUUUUCGAUUUGUUAAAUUCUGUGUCAAAAAGUCGAAAUAGAAUUCCACCUGCAGAAUCCAAUUUCUUUCCCAUGAAAAAGACUGAAGACUUGUUGAUAUUGGAUAAAGCACUUGCUGAUACUAACAACAAAUAUAUAUCACAAAUGUCGAAAAUUUUAAAGCCGGUUGGGACCACGUCAGUUCAACCACUGAAGAAACGUUUCCCCCUGUUGUUUGAGGACCACCUAUUAAUGCAAUUAAAUUUUGAAGGAAUCGGCAACAAAGAGUCAUUUAAACAAUUUAAAAAUAUUAACAGGGCCAUUUUUGACAUUCAACAAAAACACGGCUACACUCCGAUGGAGUAUAUAAAGGAGAUAAGAGAAGCUUUUCGUAUAUUUCAAAAUCGUUUUUUAAACAAGCAUACAAAAUAAAUCACCCACUUAAAGGCGUUGCAGUAUAUACAGUGACGUAAAGAGAAAUUCUCGCCGCGGAGGAAAAGUAUGUCCUAAUUUUUUUCCCCCAUCGCUGGUCAGACCUACGUAUAUAAUUGAUAUAUUGAAAACUUUUCACAUAAAAAUUGUAAAACCAUAAAUAUUACAAUAUUAAAACCACGAGAUGGCGUGUCCAAUCGAA